CCCCUCCCCUUCCGCCUCGCGGUGCUUCCUCGCGCCGCGGUCUUCUCUAUCCACCCCCGACACCGCGGGGCUUGCCCCCGCCCGCCAACGGCGGGUCCCCAGCUUCCCAGUCCCCUUCGCUUCCCGCGCUCUCCGGCGGGGGCCCAGCCCCGGCCUCCUCUUUCCCUCCCUUCCCCCUAAUUCCCCUUCCGGACGCUGCCAUCAUGUUGAAGCCUCAGCCGCCACAACAGACCUCCCAGCCCCAGCCGCCCCCCACGCAACAGGCCGUGGCCCGUCGCCCUCCCGGGGGCACCAGCCCGCCCAACGGCGGUCUCCCGGGGCCCCUGGCCUCCACCUCGGCUCCCCCAGGACCUCCUGCGGCCGCCUCCCCCUGCCUGGGGCCUGCAGCCGCUGCCGGGAGCGGGCUCCGCCGGGGAGCCGAGGGCAUCUUGGCGCCUCAACCGCCGCCACCGCAGCAGCAACAUCAGGAGAGGCCAGGGGCAGCGGCCAUCGGCAGCGCCAGGGGACAAAGCACAGGAAAGGGACCUCCACAGUCACCGGUGUUUGAGGGUGUCUACAACAAUUCCAGAAUGCUGCAUUUCCUUACCGCUGUUGUGGGUUCCACUUGUGAUGUAAAGGUGAAGAACGGUACCACCUACGAGGGUAUCUUCAAGACGCUGAGCUCAAAGUUUGAACUGGCAGUGGACGCUGUGCACCGGAAGGUAUCGGAGCCAGCGGGUGGCCCUCGUCGGGAAGACAUAGUGGACACCAUGGUGUUUAAGCCAAGUGAUGUCAUGCUUGUCCACUUCCGAAAUGUCGACUUCAAUUAUGCUACUAAAGAUAAGUUCACUGACUCGGCCAUUGCCAUGAACUCGAAGGUGAAUGGGGAGCACAAGGAGAAGGUGCUUCAGCGCUGGGAGGGGGGAGACAGCAACAGCGAUGACUACGACCUGGAGUCUGACAUGUCUAAUGGAUGGGACCCCAACGAAAUGUUCAAGUUCAAUGAGGAGAACUAUGGUGUAAAGACCACCUAUGACAGCAGUCUCUCUUCUUACACGGUGCCCUUAGAGAAGGACAAUUCAGAAGAAUUCCGUCAGCGGGAGCUGCGUGCUGCCCAGUUGGCCCGAGAGAUUGAAUCGAGCCCCCAGUACCGCCUGCGGAUCGCCAUGGAGAAUGAUGAUGGGCGCACGGAGGAGGAGAAGCACAGUGCGGUUCAGCGACAGGGCUCAGGGCGUGAGAGCCCCAGUUUGGCAGCCAGGGAGGGAAAGUAUAUCCCUCUACCCCAGCGAGUUCGGGAAGGUCCCCGGGGAGGCGUUCGCUGCAGUAGUUCUCGGGGCGGCCGGCCUGGCCUUAGCUCUUUGCCGCCCCGUGGCCCUCACCAUCUUGACAAUAGCAGUCCUGGCCCAGGUUCUGAGGCACGUGGUAUCAAUGGAGGCCCUUCCCGCAUGUCCCCUAAGGCCCAGCGACCUCUGAGAGGUGCCAAGACUCUGUCUUCCCCCAGCAGCAGGCCUUCUGGAGAAGCCUCUGUUCCACCUCCUCCUGCAGUGGGCCGGAUGUACCCACCGCGCUCUCCCAAGUCAGCUGCCCCUGCCCCAAUCUCAGCUUCCUGUCCUGAGCCUCCCAUGGGCUCAGCAGUACCCACCUCUUCAGCUUCCAUCCCAGUGACAUCAGCAGUUGGGGAUCCUGGAGUAGGCUCCAUUUCCCCAGCUUCUCCAAAGAUCUCACUGGCCCCCACAGAUGUAAAAGAACUCCCGGCCAAGGAACCUGGAAGGACCCUGGAGUCCCAGGAGUUGUCCCGGAUUGCAGGGAAAGUCCCUGGCCUUCAGAACGAACAGAAGCGUUUUCAACUGGAAGAACUGAGAAAGUUUGGGGCCCAGUUUAAGCUUCAGCCCAGUAGCUCCCCUGAGACCAGCUUGGAUCCUUUUCCUCCACGGAUCCUGAAAGAGGAAGCCAAAGGGAAGGAGAAGGAGGUGGAUGGUCUUUUGGCUUCAGAGCCCCUGGGGUCUCCUGUUUCCUCAAAGGCUGAAUCAGUAUCAGACAAGGAGGACAAACCACCCCUGCCACCAGCAGGGGCUGCUGAGGGGCCGGAGCAGCCUCCCCAACCUUGCCCAAGCCAAACUGGCAGCCCCCCAGUGGGCCUCAUCAAGGGAGAUGACAAGGAUGAGGGCCCAGUUGCCGAACAAGUGAAGAAGUCAACAUUGAACCCCAAUGCCAAGGAGUUCAACCCCACUAAGCCCCUGCUCUCUGUGAAUAAAUCCACCAGUACUCCAACUUCUCCUGGGCCCCGAACUCACUCAACUCCCUCCAUCCCGGUGCUGACAGCAGGCCAGAGUGGGCUCUAUAGCCCCCAGUACAUCUCCUACAUACCUCAGAUCCACAUGGGACCAGCUGUUCAGGCACCGCAGAUGUAUCCGUAUCCUGUGUCCAACUCAGUGCCUGGACAGCAGGGCAAGUACCGGGGCGCCAAAGGCUCCCUGCCCCCGCAGCGCUCGGACCAACACCAGCCAGCCUCCGCCCCUCCCAUGAUGCAGGCUGCCGCCGCCGCCGCUGGUCCACCUCUGGUGGCCGCCACCCCUUACUCUUCCUACAUCCCCUACAACCCACAGCAGUUCCCAGGCCAGCCCGCCAUGAUGCAACCCAUGGCCCACUACCCCUCGCAGCCGGUGUUUGCCCCCAUGCUUCAAAGCAACCCACGGAUGCUGACGUCGGGGAGCCAUCCCCAGGCCAUCGUGUCAUCCUCCACCCCUCAGUACCCUUCUGCAGAGCAGCCCACCCCCCAGGCCCUUUAUGCCACUGUUCACCAGUCCUAUCCACACCAUGCCACGCAGCUCCAUGCCCACCAGCCGCAGCCGGCCACCACACCUACUGGGAGCCAGCCACCGUCCCAGCAUGCGGCCCCCAGUCCUGUCCAGCACCAGGCGGGGCAGGCCCCACACCUGGGCAGUGGACAGCCACAGCAGAACCUGUACCACCCAGGGGCCCUGACAGGCACGCCGCCUUCUCUGCCACCGGGACCUUCUGCCCAGUCCCCUCAGAGCAGCUUCCCCCAACCAGCCGCUGUAUAUGCCAUCCAUGCCCACCAGCAGCUGCCCCACGGCUUCACCAACAUGGCCCAUGUUACCCAGGCCCAUGUCCAAACUGGAAUCACAGCAGCCCCGCCCCCUCACCCUGGGGCUCCCCACCCGCCCCAGGUGAUGCUGCUGCACCCACCCCAGAGCCAUGGGGGCCCCCCCCAAGGCGCGGUGCCCCAGAGUGGGGUGCCUGCACUCUCAGCUUCCACACCCUCACCCUACCCCUACAUCGGACACCCCCAAGCUCUCAGUGACCCCGACUGUCUCCUGACUUAGCCGAGGUAAGGUCAGCGCAGUAGACAGGGCCAGGCUGGGGUGUGGGGGGCUGAGCUGGGCACGUGAGGAAGGGCUCUGGCUCACGGGGAAACGGCGAUUGAUCUGUGCUUCUGACAGCCCCAUGAGACACCUCGAGGCGGCCGCUCCUACCAACACUCCCCCCACACCCCACACUGGACGGCAUUGGAUGAAGGGACAGCUGCUUGGGUUCUAAUGCUCCUGCUCUCUUCUCUUUCCCCUCCAACCAGUUCAAUCUCAUCCCUCCCAGCAGCUCCCCUUCCACCCCCCGGGGAACUGAAGAUUGUCCUGGCCGCGACCUGAGACCUCCAUGAGUGGAGGGAAGAGUGAUCUAUGUCUCUUCCCCCAGCAGCUCGGACCAGUCCCAGCCCCCCACCCCCUUUCCCGGCCCCGGGGGAGCUGGGGAAUUCCUGCCAAGCACCUUGAAUGGGAAGGGCCUCAAAGUGGGCAGGGCCAGGGUCCAGCGGGGGGUGGGGGGGGUUCCUGCUCUGCCCCUGCCCAUCCCCACCCCAUCUUGCCCUCCCGUCCUCUCAUCUAUCCCCCCCUCCCCGCUGGAGACGGAAGAUCUUUUAUUUUCUAUUAUUUAUAACCUUGGGCCCCCUGUUCUUUCUUCCCAUUAACUUGAGUCACCUGCGUAAGAGAAACAGACAUGCCCCGCAAGGAUGGUUGGACAAGGACUUUUACUUUUUAUUACAUAAAAAUAUUUAAAAAAAUUAAAAAAAAAUAAAAUUUUAAACUAACUUAA